GUCACGUGCCUAGAACCUCUGCUAAACUCGGCAAACUCAAAAAAUGAGAAGCUUUACCUCGUGCAGAAAUGGCUAUUACAAAGCCAAAUGAAUUGAUCAGACUCUAAGAGUUUGCAUGGUUGUUUAUGAAAUGACCUGCUAGCCUAUGGUUCGUCGUGGUAGUGUGAUUUGGUGUGAUGUUCGCCAUGUAGCGUGUUUCUUGUUCGUGUUUCUUGAAUGUUGUAUCGUCUCGGAGGAAGCUUCCAGUGGCUGUGUCCUGAAUGCAACUAUCGCAGCUUCUACUUCGGAAACUUAUUUUGACUACAAAACAUCUGUUGUUGAAAAUGAGUUUAUAGUUGUAUUCAAUGGCUACUACUCAACAUCAACCAGGGACAGAUACAUAGUGUCUGCGUUGGGCUCAUGCGGAGUGCAAGAAUGGAGGAUCAUUAAACGUGAUAACCCAGCUGCUGACUACCCUAGUGAUUUCUCCCUCCUCCGGAUUGUUGAUCACUCUCAGCUCGGCGUUGAGGCUCUGCUGACCCACCCCAUGGUCAAGAGGGUAGCACCCCAAAGGAGAGUCCAGAGGUUCCUUCGUAGUGUCCAAGAGCCCUUUGAGGAUGAAAAGUCAGCUGAGGUAUCCCCCGAUUGUGUGACAGGCAAUGCAGAUUGCUGGUCUUCUACGUGGGCAUCCAGGCGAACAACUAGGUCAAGUCUUGCUGUGGGCCAAGGAUUGUGGCAAACACAGCACAGGGUGUCUGCCCCUGGAGCACGCCGCCUCAUGAGAUCUGUUCCACGACAGAUCGCCCACGUGCUCCAAGCAGACGUUCUCUGGGGGAUGGGGUUUACAGGUGAUGGAACCAAGGUGGCCGUGUUUGACACAGGCUUACCAAAGAACCACCCCCACUUUAAGAAGGUUUCUGAUAGAACAAACUGGACAGAAGAAAAGACAUUGGAUGAUGGUCUUGGCCAUGGUACAUUUGUCGCUGGAGUGAUAGCAAGUUCUCACGAGUGUCUAGGGUUUGCACCGGAUGCAGAGCUGCAUAUUUUCAGAGUCUUCACCAAUAAUCAAGUCUCCUACACUUCUUGGUUUCUUGAUGCUUUUAACUAUGCCAUCCUGAAGAAGCUGAAUGUGCUGAACCUCAGCAUUGGGGGACCUGACUUCAUGGACCAACCCUUUGUGGAUAAGGUCUGGGAGCUCACAGCAAAUGGUGUUGUUAUGGUUUCGGCUAUUGGUAAUGAUGGUCCUCUUUAUGGCACUUUGAACAAUCCGGCAGACCAAAUGGACGUGAUUGGAGUGGGGGGAAUCAACUUUGAUGACCAUCUCGCGAGGUUUUCAUCUAGAGGCAUGACAACAUGGGAGUUGCCAGCAGGGUAUGGCCGUGUCAAGCCGGAUAUUGUCACAUACGGAUCUGCUGUCAGAGGCUCAAGCUUGAAGGGUGGAUGUCGGUCACUGUCUGGCACAAGUGUUGCGUCACCUGUUGUGGCUGGUGCUGUGUCACUUCUACUAAGUGCUGUUAAGCACAGGGGCAGUGCCAUCAACCCUGCCAGUGUCAAGCAAGCACUCAUGGCCUCUGCACGCAGACUUCCAGGUUUUAAUAUCUUUGAGCAAGGCCAUGGGAAGCUGGACCUAGUCAAGGCUUAUCAGAUACUGAACAACUACAAGCCACAAGCAAGUCUUAGCCCCGCAUACAUUGACUUGACUGAGUGUCCGUACAUGUGGCCGUACUGCACCCAACCUGUCUACUAUGGAAGUAUCCCAAUUAUUGUGAAUGUUACCAUAUUGAAUGGUAUGGGAGUCACAGGAAAGAUUGAUGGCAAGCCUACUUGGCACUCUCACUUGGAGCAGAAUGGAGACAAGCUUGAAAUAGCCAUUUCCCACUCCCAUACUUUGUGGCCUUGGUCUGGCUUCCUCGCCGUGUCCAUCACCGCAGCCAAGAGGGCUGCAUCCUGGGAAGGAUAUGCACAGGGGCACAUUACCUUGACUGUCAGCUCACCCCCGCAGGAACUAGAAACAGAGGCACGCAUAAGCACAAUAGAGCUCCCAAUCAGAGUCAAAAUUAUCCCCACCCCUCCAAGGAGUAAACGUGUCCUUUGGGAUCAGUUCCACAACCUGCGCUAUCCAUCAGGAUACUUUCCGCGUGACAAUCUCAAGAUGCGCAACGACCCACUCGACUGGAAUGGCGAUCACAUCCACACGAAUUUCCGGGACCUGUACAUGCAUCUGCGCAAGGCUGGGUACUUUGUGGAGGUCCUGGGUGUGCCAUUCACCUGCUUCGACGCAACUCAGUAUGGUACUCUGUUGCUGGUAGACAGUGAAGAGGAAUACUUCCCCGAGGAGAUCACGAAGUUACAGCGUGACGUCACGCAACACGGCCUGUCAGUCAUCGUCAUCGCUGAUUGGUACAAUGUGGACGUCAUGAAAAAGAUCAAAUUUUACGACGAGAAUACGCGUCAAUGGUGGAUGCCGGAUACGGGGGGAGCCAACAUCCCCGCGCUGAACGAGUUGAUGGCGUCAUGGGGCAUGGCGUUUAGUGAUCACGUGUUUCACGGUGACUUCACCCUUGGGGACCAUAAAGUCCACUACUCGUCCGGUACUAGCCUAGCGGCGUUUCCGUCCUCGGGACUAGUGAUACGCCGGAAGCUCAAGGACCAGGCUCACGAGGUGGUGUCCGGUCAAAUAAAACUACAGGAUGACGUGCCAAUACUAGGACUCUACAGUCCGGAGAGCCGGACACAUGGCCGAAUCGCACUGUAUGGGGACUCCAACUGUCUGGACAAUGCCCACAUGGAAAAAGAUUGCUUCUGGUUGCUGGAUCAGCUCCUUGACUUCACUACAUCCAGGACAAUCCCGCCUGUACUCGAGUUGUCCCGUGGCCGCCCGCUCCAGACCUCUUCGACGCUUCCCGAGAGGAUGGAAGGCAACCAUCUGUACAAGUACUCCAAAGUCCUGGACCGAGCCUCCUUGGGGGCACCCCGAACACAGCCUAUCCCGGCAUGCCCUCACCUCGUGUGGGCCACGCCCCAGCCUGUCAAUCACACGCUGCCUAGCAAUCUGUAUAAAGGCCAUAGGCUAUUGGCUGUCGACUUAGACCAGCUCCCUGUGCUAGUGCCUCGCCGAGUGAACAGGGUCCCGGUGUACCCUGGGAACCCUGACCCUGACCUUGACCCGAAUCCCAGCAUGCACCUGGGGUUGAUGUACACGUUGCCCAUGUACGUAGCUUUGCUAGGCGCCGUGAUUGUGUUGUACUUCGCCGUGUUGACUUGCCGGGUGCGCAGCAAAGCCAAGGCCAAGAGGUCUCUCCCCGUCACCAAGGCGAAGUCCCCAAAGCUUAGCGGGAUACGUGCGAAGUUCCCUUUCGUCUAGUAAAUUUGGCAUGUACCAGACAAACACGAGCCAGAAGGCGUGGAGAAUUGGCCGCCGGGUAAGCUUCCUAAGGCCAGAGACAUACGUGUAAAGUUCCGUUUCGUCUAGCAAAAUUGGUAAAGAUUAUCAUGUACCAGACGAACACGAGCCAGACGGCGUGUUGAACACGUGGAGAAUUGGUAAAGAUUGUCAUGUACCAGACGAACAUGAGCCAGACGGCGUGUUGAACACGUGGAGAAUUGGUGGCCGGGUAAGUCUUCUAGACCAGCAGGAAAUACGCUAAACUUCCUCGCAUUUGUACACGAACAAGUGGCGUAGUAAACAGGCGGUGAGAAAGGGAAAUGGCGGGAUCGUCUAACUUGCCAGAAAAAAGAAAGAUUGUUCGAUGUCCGAAUGCCAGCUCUCGCGUUUUCGUCUUUCUUAUCGGCGCUAGUAGCGUGGCGUCAACCUGCGUGUAUUUUGACAACACUGAAAUACAGUGUGCCACGCAACGCGAUGCCGAGGACCUUUCCAAUAAGCUGAAAGCUGACUUUGUCAAAUUAUAGUUUUUAUCGUAUUUUUAACAAUACUCUUAACGUGAAUAUCCAUAGCACACUAUCCUUUGACGAAAAUUGUAAAAUAACAUAGAAAUAAAAGUGGAAUUCCUCAA